CAAAAAAUUAAUGUCUGUUACUUGCAAAAUGGUCAUCCCACCCAUACAUAUAUCACUGUUAGCUUCGGCUUUGACGUUGAAGAAAUUAUUUGUAUGAGCUCUCUUUGUCCCUUAGCCCAAACCAAAAGCCAACGCAAUUCACGUUUCGCGCAAACAAUUAUUGCUCCCAAGGAAAAAUUCCAUCUCCAAAAAAACAAAAUGGCAUCAUCGGAGGCGUCGGAACUUUUGGAAAACGGAAGUAUUAAGAAGGAGAUGGUGAGGCAUGGUGGACGCACAGCCCACAACAUGUCGUCUUCUUCCCUCCGCAAGAAGUCGGAUCUUUCACUUGUUUCGAAAAUUCGGGUCGGGUUUCUGAGGAAGUUUUUGGUUAAUCUUCAGGAGGUUUUGCUGGGGACGAAGCUGUCGGUUUUGUUUCUGGCUGUUCCUUUUGCCAUUGUUGCUGAGUAUUGUAGUUUUGGAAGGGCAUGGGUGUUUGGUUUGAGUUUACUUGGACUUGCACCGCUUGCCGAACGAAUCAGUUUCCUCACAGAGCAAAUCGCUUUCUACACAGGCCCAACAGUUGGGGGACUUGUGAAUGCAACAUGUGGAAAUGCGACAGAGCUGAUAAUAGCUAUAUUUGCUCUCAUUCAGCACAAAGUGGAUGUUCUGAAAUGCUCUCUCCUCGGCUCCGUUCUCUCCAACCUGCUUUUAGUCCUCGGCAGCUCUCUUUUCUGUGGUGGCAUUGUCAACAUUUCAAAACAGCAAAACUUUGACAGAAAACAAGCGGAUGUGAACUCACUACUGCUGUUCCUGGCACUAUUGUGCCAUGUACUGCCUUUGAUGUUUAAGUUCACUGGAAUUACAUCUGCCGAAGCAACAGCAUCCGCCACGCUCGCCUUGUCCAGGGCUAGUUGCAUUAUUAUGCUCAUUGCCUACAUUGCUUAUCUUGUUUUCCAGUUAUGGACUCAUCGACGGCUAUUCGAAGCACAAGACCGCGAAGAGGGUGAGGACGACGAUGAUGUUGUAUCGGACGAAACACCAGUAGUUGGAUUCUGGAGUGCAUUUGUUUGGUUAGUUGUGAUGACUGCCCUUGUAGCGCUUCUGUCCGAGUACGUCGUGGCCACAAUCGAAGCUGCAUCGGACUCUUGGGGCUUGUCUGUCAGCUUCAUUAGUCUGAUUCUACUACCAAUAGUCGGAAAUGCAGCUGAGCAUGCGGGGGCUAUCAUUUUCGCAUUCAAGAACAAAUUGGAUAUAUCUUUAGGUGUUGCACUUGGUUCAGCAACUCAAAUUUCCAUGUUUGUGGUCCCAUUAACUGUAAUAGCGUCAUGGAUCAUAGGCAUCAGAAUGGAACUUGGUUUCAAUCUCCUGGAAACAUCCGCUCUUGCUCUAUCAAUACUUGUCACGACACUUGCAUUACAGGACGGGACAUCUCAUUACAUGAAAGGACUCGUUCUCGUACUGUGCUACCUUGUUAUCGGGGCCUGCUUUUUUGUGUUUAAAGCUCCAAUAAACUCUUCUAUCAACUUAGAAUACAAGUCCUCGCAAGAUCAUGUGACGAUGAGAAUCUGAACAUCCUCGAGAGGGAGAUUCAGCAGAUUCGAUGCAUGCGUUCAUUCAUUGAGAUGGAGAUCUACUGUACGUACUUGGUGGUCUGAUAUCCAUUGGAUACGUAUAAGGAUGUCCAGAUUUUCUGGGUAGCUGUUUGUUCUUAAACAGCAGAGUGGCAGGGACAUGGAAUAAGCUUUUUCGAGUUUUAGAUUUCUCUAUGUCUGUAUAUAGCUUUCAAAUAAUGUAAUUUCGUAGAUUCGUAGUAGAAGUUCAGUCUUUUUCAAUAAGUUCAUACAAUACGUACUGGUAUUUUAUGUAUUGGAUGUACCAAUAAUUAUUACGUAUCUCAAAAUUUUUAAAAA